AUGAAUCCAGCACUACAUGAGUACCUCGUAAGGGCUGAUGUGCGUAUUUGGACUCGUGUACAUUUCCCAGGUUAUAGGUACAACUUGCUUACAAGCGACAUUGCAGAAUCAAUGAAUAAGAUCAUGUCAUAUGCUAGGAGUUAUCCUAUUGUACAACUAUUGGAAGAAAUAAGGUCAAUGAUGACUAGGUGGUUUUCAGAUAGAAGGAGUGAUGCAUUGAAGAUGACAACAGUUUUGACACGUGGUGUAGAGAAAAUUCUCCAGGGUCAUGUGGAUUAUGCUAAGUUACUUACUGUCCAAGAUAUCGACGAAUACCAAGUACAAGUAACAAGUGGGACAUCUCUGCAUGUUGUCAAUUUGAGAGAUAAAAAGUGUAUGUGUCGCAGGUUUGACUUGGAGAAACUCCCUUGUGCACACGCAAUUGCGGCCGGUGAAUACAGAAACAGCUCUCGCAUUUCAAUGAGUCAUCCUUAUUAUCGGAAAAACUACGUGUACACUUCCUACGCGAAUGCCAUCAGGCCAAGGGAGUUUGAUAAAUCUGUUCCUGGACAUGUGAGAACAAAGAACUCUUUUUAA